GUUUUUAGGUACUACCCACGCCAAUAUUCCUAAUUUAAUGAAUACCAUGAUGGAGCUGAGAAAGUGUUGCAUCCACCCUUACCUUUUGAACGGUGCUGAAGACCAAAUCCAGUACGACUUCAAGAAUCAACACGGAGAUGACCCUGAUGCUUACUACAAAUCGCUGAUAAACUCUAGCGGUAAAAUGGUGCUGAUCGACAAACUGCUUUCUAAACUGAAGGCAAAUGGACAUAGAGUUCUAAUAUUUAGUCAAAUGGUAAAAUGCUUGGACAUUCUCGAAGAUUAUCUGAUGUACAGGAAGUACCCGUUCGAAAGGAUCGAUGGCAGGAUCCGGGGAAACUUGAGGCAAGCUGCUAUCGAUAGGUUUUCCAGGCCUGAUUCAGACCGUUUCGUGUUUUUACUGUGCACCAAGGCGGGUGGUCUAGGAAUCAACUUGACGGCUGCUGAUACGGUCAUCAUCUAUGACAGCGACUGGAACCCGCAGAAUGACUUGCAAGCCCAAGCUAGGUGUCACAGAAUCGGACAACAAAAAAUGGUAAAGAUCUACAGGUUACUAUGUAGGAAUACAUACGAACGAGAGAUGUUCGACAAAGCCUCUUUGAAGCUCGGAUUGGAUAAGGCUAUUUUACAAAGCAUGAACACCUCGCAGAAUAAAGAUGCCGGUAACAGGCAGUUGAGUAAGAAAGAGAUCGAAGAUUUGCUGCGAAAAGGUGCAUACGGUGCCCUGUUAGACGAGGACGACGGAGAUAAGUUCUGCGAGGAAGACAUCGAUGUCAUCUUAGAGAGGAGAACGCAGGUAAUAACAAUGGAAUCUGAGCAAGGCUCGACCUUCUCGAAGGCGAGCUUCGCGUCAAGUGCCAACCGAUCAGACAUCGCCAUUGACGAUCCUGAUUUCUGGAACAAAUGGGCCAAAAAGGCGGACAUCGACACCACCGAGAAGGACGAGAACGAGGAGUUGGUGCUGUCAGAGCCGCGCAGGCGUACGCAGAUCAAACGGUACGGCCAUGACGAGAACGCCAUCGAUAUGUCGGAGCUAGAGAGCUCCUCGGAUUCUGAUCCUGAGAACGAGGGACUAGCCGGAGGUUUGCGCAGUCGUCGACACAAGGAACAGAGAAGCGGUCGUAUCUGCCAGUUCUGGAUGUACGAAGUUCGACACGGUUAGGAUGGAGGGCGGAAAUCGGGCAGCAUCGAGCGUGAAUAAUGUAGUCGGGGUGGCAGCAACACAAACAUCUAAAGAAGAAGAAAUACCGACCAGACGAUUAUAUACCGCGACACGAGGGAGAGCAACAGCCGCGAGGAGACAUAGUUUAUGGCAGCUGGGCGAGACGUGAGUGCUUCAUGGUCGAAAGGGGCCUGUUGACGUUCGGAUGGGGCCGUUGGAACGAGAUACUGCAGCAUUCUCAACUGAGAAAAGGCUGGAGGGAGUCGGAUAUUGAGGAUUGUGCUCGAGUCAUACUACUGUAUUGCCUUCGUUUCUAUCGCGGCGAUGAAAAAAUCCGCAGUUUUAUUUGGGAUUUGAUUACGCCAAGCGAAAACGGCGAGCAAAAAAUCUCGAGAAACCACCAUGGCUUGAAAGAUCCCGUACCUCGAGGAAUUAGGAAUAAGCAUAAACGGAAAGACGGUAAGGGGAUCCUCAGUAAAGACGCCAGACAUCCUGCUAUCACUGAUCCCAAUCAUUGGAGCAAAAACGAGAAAUAUGACGGAGACAUUUUCCUAGAGAGUAACUACAAGAAACAUUUGGGAAGGCACGCUAACAAGGUACUGCUGCGAGUGAGAAUGUUGUACUAUAUCAAACAUGAAAUAAUAGGAGAGAUGGUGCAACACAUUGCCGAGGGAGUGAGCGCAAGUGCCCUGCCGAUAUACCCCCCCGUAACGGAGCAAUUGCCUAGCGCUUGGUGGGACAGCGAGUGCGACAGGUCGCUGUUGGUGGGUACCUGGAAGCACGGCUACGAAAUGUACGACGCAAUGCGCAGCGACCCGGCGCUGUGUUUCCUGGGGCGGUGCGGGCCGCCCCCCAACAACGCAGACGUUGCUUCAGCCGCCACAUCCUCAUCAGCAGCCGCCACGCCGCAGUCCAACCAGCAACCGGACACGCCACAGCCUGCUGACACCAAGAACCU